AUGUACAAUGCUCUUACAGGAGUUGGUACCACUGCAAGUGCAUUGGAUGAGGAUGGUGUGCUGGAUAUUGACACUACCCUAUCCUUGGAGACCAUCUGGCAUGCCAUGGAAGAUCUUGUUUCUAUGGGUUUAGCUCGAAGCAUUGGUAUCAGCAACUAUGACCUCUUUCUGACAAAAGAUUGUUUAGCGUAUUCCAAAAUUAAGCCUGCUGUGAACCAGAUUGAAACACAUCCGUAUUUCCAACGUGAUUCCCUGGUAAAAUUCUGUCAAAAACAUGGAAUCUGUGUUACUGUCCAUACUCCUCUAGGAGGUGCUGCUGCCAACACUGAAUGGUUUGGAUCACUAUCUUGCUUGGAUGAUCCAGUUCUUAAGACAGCAGCACAGAUUACUCUCCGAUGGGGGAUCCAGCGCAAUACAGUUGUCAUACCAAAGUCAUCCAAGCUAGAUAGAUUGAAGGAGAACUUUCAAGUUCUAGAUUUCGAGCUGACAGAAGAAGACAUGGAACAGAUUAAAAGCAUGGAUCGUAAAUACCGGACCCAUCAAACAGCAAAGUUCUGGGGAAUUGAUGUGUAUGGAUGA